GCUUACCAAUCUACAAUCUUAAAACCAUUUUUCGUUGUUUCGAUUUCUCAAAUCUCCUUAACCUCUCAAAGCAAAACCAAAGACAUAAAAAAGAAACCCCAUACAUCUCACUAGAACACCCUUUAGUACCAAUGUCACUCAUUAACGAACAUUGCAAUGAGCGUAAUUACAUCUCAACCCCAAAUUCUUCAGAAGAUCUCUCUUCACCACAGAAUUGCGGAUUAGACGAAGGAGCUUCAGCUUCAAGCAGUAGCACCAUAAAUUCUGAUCAUCAAAAUAAUCAAGGGUUUGUGUUUUACCCUUCCGGGGAAACCAUUGAAGAUCAUAAUUCUUUGAUGGAUUUCAAUGCUUCAUCAUUCUUCACCUUUGAUAAUCACCGAAGCCUUAUCUCUCCCGUGACCAACGGUGGUGCCUUCCCGGUCGUGGACGGGAACAUGAGUUACAGCUAUGAUGGCUGGAGUCAUCAUCAAGUGGAUAGUAUUAGCCCUAGAGUCAUCAAAACUCCAAAUAGCUUUGAAACAACGAGCAGUUUUGGAUUGACUUCAAACUCCAUGAGUAAACCGGCCACAAACCAUGGAAAUGGAGACUGGUUAUACUCUGGUUCAACUAUUGUAAACAUCGGUUCAAGGCACGAGUCCACGUCCCCUAAACUGGCUGGCAAUAAACGGCCUUUCACGGGAGAGAACACACAACUUUCAAAGAAGCCGAGUAGCGGUACGAAUGGAAAGAUCAAGCCUAAGGCAACAACUUCACCUAAAGAUCCACAAAGCCUAGCAGCCAAGAACCGAAGAGAAAGGAUAAGCGAACGCCUCAAGGUAUUGCAAGAACUUGUACCGAAUGGUACCAAGGUGGAUUUGGUAACUAUGCUUGAGAAAGCAAUUGGCUAUGUAAAGUUUCUUCAAGUACAAGUUAAGGUACUUGCAGCCGAUGAGUUUUGGCCGGCACAAGGAGGGAAAGCUCCGGACAUUUCUCAAGUUAAAGAAGCUAUUGACGCAAUCCUCUCAUCAUCACAACGAGAUAGUAACUCAACUAGAGAAACAAGUAUAGCAGAAUAAUUCCGACCAAAACAAAAAGUAUAGCAGAAUAAUUAGUUACUAAAUGUAUCGGCAUUAAUUAUAAUACCAAACAAGUCAUCACUUUUGAAUUCGGUUUAAAAAAUAGUUAAUUGGUGACGUUACAGAUCGAGAAGUUAUUGAUUCCUUUAAGGCUUUAAUUAUGUAAGAGCCAACACAUUGAAGUCACCGACGAUAUGUCAGACGUCGGUCCACACGAGCAUGGAAUCUUAUAGUAGAUUAGAUAUGUAAUAGUUAUAUAUGUGGAGGUAUGUUUCUAUUUUUGUAUGUUUUGUAAUUCUCCAAGUAUGCG